CAGAUGACUUUGUUGCACCUUGCUAUCUCAAAAAGACAUAUAUGAGUAUUUACAGCAACCCUAUACAGCCUGUUAAUAGCAUGGACAUGUGGUCCAAGGGUGAAGGUCCAAGUAUCCUACCUCUACAAUAUACAAGGCAGCCCGGUAGGCUGAAGACGAAAAGGAUUAAGGAUGCUUCAAAGGUGGUCAUCAAUGGUGCUGGCAAAAUUGGAAGGAUACAAAGAUCCCUUAAAGUGUAGCAAUUGUGGCCAAGGAGGUCACAAUAUGAAAACCUGCCAGAGGCAUUUGCCAAGUAAGGGAAAGAAGACUGCUGCUGCUAUUGAUAAGAAGAGGAGGCUUAACACUAAUGGAGGAGAAAGUUCCCAAAAUAUGUCAAAGAAAGGGAAGAAAGCACCCAUGACUGCAAAUGAGCUGAGGCAAAAAGCCAAGGAGAAGGUUGAGUAUCAAAGGAAAAAGAUGGCUAACUUGAGGGCAGCAAGGCUUGAUGCAAACAAACCUGCAAGAGGAAGGCCUCCAAAGUCUAGUACUACAAGUACAGGACCAAGGCUUGUACAAGCUACAUCUCUACCAGCAUCAGUUCAAGGCAUGUACAACCUUCCAGGGCAUCAAGAGACAAGGCUGCAACACCAACAAGGUCUUCACAAAGGAUCAAGAACAAUUCAGGCUUCCAGCUGA